UUCCCGAGGAUCGUCAAGUUUUUUCGUCGCCCGACGCCGUUGAAGUUCCGGCGCCGCUGCUGCCCUUGUGACGCCGUCCUCUGUUCCGCCGCCGCCGUCCUCUGUUCCGCCGUCAUCCUCUGUUCCGCCGCCGUCCUCUGUUGCGCCUCCGCAGUCCUCCGUUCGGCCCGUUCUUGGUUUCUGCCACCGUGGGUGGCCUCUGUGUUGCGCCGUCGCCUGCCUUCCGUCGUCGCUGUCUCAUUCCCGCCGCCGUCGCCGCUGCCUCAUUCCUGUCACCGCUGCCUUAUUCCCGCCGCUGUGCAUCUUCUUGCUGUGUGCUUGUUUGUGAUGGCAGAAGCGAUGGGGACUCAAAAAGAUACCGUUCUUGACGCGGGCAGCGCCUCCAAGACUGAGAACGUGCCGAUCCAGGUCACCUCCAUCCGUCUGACCAAGGACAACUACCUAUCUUGGUCUGCCGCUCUCGAGAUUGGGAUUACUAGCCGUGGGCGUCAUUCUGCGGAAGCCGACCUCUUUUGAUAUGUGGACUGUGCUUGCAAAGAUGUAUGGUCGCAAGAAGAGACAUCUGCGCACCUAUCAGAUUAAACGCAGUAUUUACUCCUUGACACAGGGUGAUUUGUCUGUUGCUGCUUUCUAUGCUGCCCUGAAGACCAAAUGGGAGGAGCUAGAUUAUCAUGUGACUGAUGAGUGGAAGUGCGGUUCAGAUCAUUCCCUCUACUGGGAAAAGGAAUGGAUGGACCGUACGUUUCUGUUUCUGGGAGGCCUGCGGGAUGAAUUUGAGUCUAUUCGUAGCCAGAUUCUUAAUGGUGAUGAGAUUCCGGGGAUAGAGGAAGUAUAUGCUCGUGUUGAGUCUGAAGAACAACGUCGCCAGGUGAUGCAUCUUGACACCGGUCAUGGCCCUUCUGCCUUUGUCAGCCGUGCCUCAGGGACUGGGCAGCGUCCUGCCCGGCAUUGCACUCAUUGCAACAAGUUGGGGCAUUCGGUGGAUUUCUGUUGGGAUCUUCAUCCCGAGAAGAGACUGGUCAGAGGUCGUCCUCCCUCUGGCAAGCGUAGCCCUUCUAUGUCUGAUUCCAGUCAGAGCAAUUCUUUUAGUGGUGCAAAGUCCAAGCUGUCCCCUGCUCAACUCAAGGAGCUACAGGCGUACAUCAGCCGCCUAUCUACUACCCCUGAGCAGUCCUCCACGUCUGAAGGGGCUCAGCUAGCCCAAGCCCUCGUUGCCUCGACUGAUCAAGGACUUGGUGACGGGGAAGAAGAUCAGGAUUGGUUCGGUUACUGAUGGGCUCUACCGGCUGCCGGUACAAGUUGCU